CAUGUUUAUUAUCCAUCACAACAACAAUCAGUCUGUCUUCAUCUUCUCUACUACAUACCCAGCCACUCUAAGCUCAUUAAAUUCACUUCCAACAAGUCGAAUCUCAACCAUUCCAUAUGCUCUUCACUAAGAUCGCUUUCGUCUCCGCCCUCGCGGCCCUGACUGCUGCUCAAGACACCAGCUUUGACUUCAGCAACAUCCCUGCUGAGUGCACCGAUGUCUGCGGCCAAGUUGGUGAAGCCGUAAAUGGCUGCAAGAACGACAGCAACGACAACUCAUCCGAGGUCCUACAGUGUAUCUGCACAGCCAACAACGCAAACACACUGAUCCCAAACUGCGAAGCCUGCGUCAGACAGUACAACGACAACGACAACGAUGACGACAGCGACCAGUACCGCCUCUUGACCGACUGCCACUACACCACCACGACUGUUGCCGCAGGCGGUGCUGGAGCAGCUCAAACAACCGCUGUUGAUACCAACACCGUCUCGGUCACCAACACAGUCUCUGUCACCAGUGUCCUUACCACUACCUCCGUUGCUAUCAUCGUCACUACCGGUAGCGAUGGCGUGGUUGCUACUCGCACCGAGACCAACACCGACACUGUUGUCCCCACCCAGACCGACAACCCUGCUCCCAUCAAUACCGUUGGCGCUGCCAUGGGUCUUGGUGCUCUCGGGUUCGCUCUUGGUAUGUUGUGAAUCGACAAUAUCACGACGAAAUGUGGAAUGGCUAUCAUGGACAUGUGCCUAAACGAUUAUGAGGGAGGGGUGUCGAAGCUGUUGUAGCUUAGCUAAUACCAUUGUGGCUUGAAGAGUCCUCAUGACUAUAGAUAGGAAUACCAUACACUUUACCUAAUCUUGCCCUGUCAAUAUCAUGCCUUCCAGCGUUUGGUGCCGCUCUUGGGCAGUUUAGACAAGGAGACACCAGUGGUCCCGAGACAUUUCUCGAGUCAUUUGAAAAUAGUA